AUGGCCAUCGCUGAUGCUGCUGCUGCUGUUGCGUCGAUCCACUGUCUGUGCAGAGGGGAGGCGUCCGGCGUCCAUUCCCUGCUGCUGCUGUUGCCUCGCCACUGCCUGUGCAGAGCACUCUCCUGGGCGCUGGAUCAUCCAGGCCAGGCCGUCAUAGACCGCUUCCUGGCGGGCGGCGCGACGGGAGUCCUGAGCACCACCGACAAUAACAAGUUGAAGAAGUUGCACCUGCAGCACGGCGAGCUGCGCACGCAGCUGAAGGAGGUGAAGAUGCGGAAAGAGUGCAUGGAGGAGGCCAUGGCAAAGAAGCGCGCCAUGGGGGACCAGAUUGCGGUCUUGCUUAACCCCGAUCUAGGUGACAUGGGAGAGGAGGAGAUGAUGGCCUUCGUCGGCAAGCUGAUGCCGGUGCGGGUCGCCAUCUCUGAAUGCGCAAACCAGGUACUCCUAAACCUGGGGAUGGAGAACAUCAUUCGCGCGCUCCAGGCGCCUGGGGUGCCACUACCGCAACAACUCUUUGCUGGAAGUACCUUUGAGUCUGGUAGCACCAGCACCAACACUGGGAUGGAGAUGCAGCAGAUGCAUAUGGCGAUGCCUUCAACUCAAGGAUUCGCCGUAGGGAUGGAUAUGCACCAUAUGUCAAUGGCGAUGCCUCCGCCGGGCUUGGCCUACGGCAUGAAUAUGCAGCAGAUUCUUAUGUCGAUUCCUCCACCUCUGUUAAGAACAUUGCGUCGUCAAAGCAUCAACCACUGUUAG